AUGAUGACGACUGCAGAUGAGUUGGCCUCGUCAUUACAUUGCGCUGAAUUUCUAGCAGAUUCGCCAUCCACCUCGACUUUGCUCCACGCCAGCGCUCUUGCGGCUCCUACUCCUGUCACCGAAUUUCAUCAAUAUCUUGAACAUCGACGUCGGAGUGGUCGUAUUGUGCUACAACCGCUCAACCAACGUCGCGUUAGUCACGGACAGCCCACCGUAGUGUCCCGUAAGCGGCCCUCCACUGUUGAUGUACGCUUAAAUUCCGCUCAACAUCCUUCCGUUCCAAGCUGCCACGAUCGUUCCAUUCAUCGAGAUGAGCGAGUCUUAGAAAACCUGCUGAUUGCUGAGGAAAAUCUAAAAUCAAAUCAUCUCUAUUUCACAUCAGUCCAAGAGCAUAUUGAACCAGUUCAUCGUGAACAGGCUGUUGAGUGGAUAUGUGAUGUGGCAAAGGAGGAGAAAUGCGACGCGGACGUUUUCCCGUUAGCGGUUUCACUCAUUGAUCGCUUUCUUUCUCUACAGAAUAUAUUCCGGCAAGAUAUUCAGGUAUUGGCUGGCGUAUGUUUAUUUAUUGCUAGUAAAGUCAAGGCGCCACAACCAAUGAACGCAGCAAAGGUUGCUUACUACACAGCCGAUAGUGUGAAAGUUCAUGAUGUGUUGAUCGUUGUACUAUUUGGUAUCUUAUGGUUCACGAAAUUUCAGAGCUGGGAGCUUCUUGUACUUGCCCAUCUGAAUUGGGAGAUCACGACACCUACGGGCUUUGACUUCUUUGACCAUCUCUCCGCUCGAUUGCCUUCCCUGCACACACUACGACCUGCGUUCACAUCAGUUCUUCAUAGGAUUCAGCGUUGUGGGUUCUCAUAA